CACGACGGGUUCGACGAUCACUUAACGGCGAGUUUAUUCAGGCUUUUAUAUUGAAAACUCGUCGGGGCGAGCAUACCGGAAGUUCAUGCAGAUGGAUGUGACUACUUUAGUUCAAGCUGUGAAACAUCUGCUAAACGAUUCGGUAUAAGAGAGUAAAUUAGAGCACGAAGAUAUGGCGUGCGCAAAAGUGCCUUUAGAUGAACUACAUGUAACCGAGCCCUCUGGACCCCAGGGUGGAGAACGCACCCUACCAGCACUACAUCCUGACCGAAAGGAGGAGAGAUUUUUCUUGCCUUAUAAACCCCCACCUAAGGAUGGAAUACCUGCACUAGUUGAGGAGUUCCUGGAACUUGCUCAGUUCAUCUCAGAAGACCUGGAGUGGUUGUUGGCUUUACCUCAUGACAAGUUCUGGUGUCAGGUGGUGUUUGAUGAGUCUUUACAGAGGUGCUUGGACUCUUACUUGAAGCACACUCCCCGGGGUUUGGACCCGUCUGGUCUCUCGUCUACACCAGCAGUAGCCAACAUGCAGAGGAACAUUCACCGCUCGGUGUUUAUGGUGUUUCUUAGAAUGGCUACGCACAAAGAGUCAAAGGAAAACUUCAUCACCCCUGCUGUUUUUGCUGAGAUUAUUUACAACAACUACCUAUUUGACAUUCCUAAAAUUCUGGAUUUGUGUGUGCUGUUUGGGAAAGGAAAUUCCAAACUGCUUCACAAAAUGAUCGAGAACAUUUUUACUCAACAACCAAGUUAUUACGGCGAUCUGAUUGAGACAAUACCUGCGAUCAUUCAGGUUUUUGAUACUGUUUUAGAGAAGUGUGGAAUUCAGUCAGAAGAUGCAGAUGCCAGUCAACCUCUCAAACUGAAUGCAAACAGAUGUCUAACUUCUAUGUCAAUGCAAGAGGAGGAUCUUACAGAAUUGGUGUUGUACAUUUGUGACACGUGCACCACUAUCCACUCUUUCUUGGACAUCUUCCCUGAGGCUUGUUCUUCUUUUAAACAGCACAACUUUCUUUACAGAUUAUCAUCAUUCUAUGCGAUGGUAAUUCCAGACCUGGAAAAAGCAGCGAGGAAGAGAAAUUUCAAUAAAAGUUUACAGGCGGAUAUGUGGAGACAAGUGUCUCAUUCCAGUAAGAAACUGGUGGAGAUUGCGCACCUGCUGCUUCAUCACACAUGUUUACAGCCCAUUCUGGAGGGCUCUGAAAACAUGCCAUCCUGCGUAGAAGAACUUCUACAAACCUUCACAGCAUUUCUUCAAGAGAAAAGAUUCCUGGCAGAUUACGAUGAACAGUUUCCUAUAGCUGAUGAUGUCAGUCUCCUUCAGCAAGCCUUCCCUCACUUAGAUGAGACCAGGACGGCGUACCUGUUGCAGGGUGUAGAGUCUGCCUGGGAGAGCGUUGGGAAGAAGAGGAGCUUCCCUUCUGCAUUCUCGUCAGCCAAUCACAGCGUAGGAGCCAGAAGCAAGUCUGGCAGGGAUACAUCAGCUUCCAUGGAGGAAGGAGCUGGAAUUGCGGGAGUCAGAGAGGAGAUGAGAGGAGCAGAAGCUACGACUGAGACUCCGCAUAAGGGUGACAAUGGGGCAGCAAGCACAGUGAGUGCUGGAGAAUUGGAGUCUCUGCUGUGUCAUAUUCGAGACCUGUUCCCGGACUUUGGAGAGGGAUUCAUACUAGCGUGUUUGGAAGAGUACGGUUACAAUUCUGAACUCCUCAUCAACAACAUCCUGGAAGAUAACCUGCCUCCUUCACUUGACAAACUGGACAGGGGAAUGGCCAGGCCUGUGAAGAAGGAGGUCCCUGAUGUUUUGAGCUCCAGAUCGAAUGUGUUUGACGACGACGAGUUUGACGUGUUCAACCGCGACCGACUGGACAUGAGUCGAGUAUGGAAGGGUCGGAGACAAGGGGAGAGUGCACGUGCAACCCUCAAUGACAAACAGCACAUAGAUGAGCAGAGAGAGAGAUAUCAAGCAUACGAGACGGUGGUGGAUGAGAUUCCCAUUGCAGACCAUAAUGCCUUCGACUUGGACGAUUACGAUGAUGAAUAUGAUGACACGUAUGAUAUCAACCAAAUAGGAGCCAAUGAUCUGGACGAAGAGGAUGAAUUGUUGAGCCGCAGGCCUUUCACUACUCCACAAGUGCUCAGAACAGUCAAACGGGCUGAGGAGGUGCAAGAAGAGGAGGAAGAAUACAAGGAUGAGUCUGUGAAGAGGGAUCACUUCAUCCAAGACCCCGCGGUACUCCGAGAGAGGGCAGAGGCCAGAAGAGCAGCCAUGCAGAGCAGGAAAGGCUACAGACCACCUCCACAAAAUCAUGUGGCAGGAGGUCCAAAGGGACAGGGACAGUCACAGGAUACCGUCACGGACCGUCGAAAGAAAGAGGCCUACAAGAGUCGUGGGGCCAAUCACAAUCGCAGAACAAUGGCUGACAGGAAGAGGAAUAAAGGCAUGAUCCCUUCCUGAGACACAGAUCACAGAAUACACUGGUUUUGGUGAACUGAUGAAGAUUUAUGUAUUUGGGAGAUGGAUGACAUCAAGCAGUGAUUAUUUUUCUUGCUUAGUACAUGUAUUUUCUUUAGUACAUGUAAUAUCAGAGAAGCAUCAGAAAGACAACGUGGUCCCAUAAAACGGCCUUUUGUUUCUUUCAGAUUGAAACAUUUUGAUGAGUUUCUAAUGUUAAGUAUAAAGCAGCAGGCUGAUGUGAUGAUUAGGGAACAAUGUUAUUUUUUAUUUUUUUUAAGAAUCUUUUUUUUUGGUGAUGAUAGUCAACGCAGGACAAGAAACCAAAGUGAUAAGACAGGUCUCCGUUUUUCCAUGUAACAUGAGUUUAUUGAAUAGAUUGGUACAAACAGUUAUUGCAGUGUUUAAAAAAAAAUCACGUUUGAGAAUGUCGACUUAUAUAGCGUUUAACAAGAGCGGUUGCCAAAAGAUGCAAUACAUGACACUAUUGAAGCAGGAAUAAACCUAGACAUUGCUCACAAGACCUACUGGAUAUCUUAGCUAGGAACAAUUCUCUAAUGGUUCAGAAAGCAAUUAAGACUUGACCUAAAAGCAGUCUUUUAAGAAACCUCUGAAUUUGAGGUUUGUACAAACUAGCUGCAGUCUGAUUUCAUCAAAUCACGUUGUGCCAAAGGCUGUGAACAAAUUUUGUCAGAAGAGUGAUAGCAUUUUUCUCGUAUAGACUUAUGAACUUCAGGCAACAUUCUUUUGCCAUGUAGGGCAACAUGUAUGUACUUGCUAAGAUAAAUAAAAAGCAUUUUCUAACACAGCAUAUUUAUGAACGCUUUUCUAUUUACACAUGAAUAAAUACGGUUCUUAAGACUAUUGUUA